ACGACAUACAAUUUGCUCCGCAAGUUUUCCUCUUUGUACCGUUAUCAGAAAUAGCUAUUGCUAACUGCUAAUUUCUAAUAAUUGCUAUUCCAACUGUUUGAUAGUAUACUUAUAGAUUUAAUUCAAACGGGUAUAUACAUUGUUUUCUUGAUAUCUACCGUGUACUGACUAGUAGGCUACAGCUAAUUUGAUUUAGCUAAAUUAGUUAGCCGGUUUCUCAAUAAUAUUGUUUUCGUUAAGUUAUUUUUGUUAGUUGUCAGCUCAGUUGCUCACAUUGGGAUUGUUUGGCUUAUUUCACUGACGUUGUAGCCUAUUGAAUCGGAUUGGUACAUUGUUUUUCGAAUUACCUACCUGACGUUUCUAAAUAACCUAAACCAAAUUGUACUUAGCCCAAAUAGUUAGCUCGGGUCCUCAUUGUGAACUGUUGUUUGGAUUUGGUGUAAUAGUAUAGAACCGGUAUAUUGAAUCCGCUCGGAAAGUAGCUAUUUUACAAACUUUUAGGCUACUUUAGGUAAAUUGACGCUUUAGACAGAUAGAGUUUGCUUGGACUAGUAAUGCCAUCCCGAAGCAGCAGGCGCCGAGCCGCGCAGCAGAGGAGAUGGGCGUUGUGGUGCUUUGCCGGUUCCCAAGAGAAGGAGACGGCGGAGAUGGCCACCCAGACCGAGUGGCCGACUACGGAGGUGGCGAGCCAGACUGAGUGCCUGACCGCGGAGGUGGCGAUCCAGGCAGGGCCAGACACGGCGGAGGCGGCAACCCAGGCUGGGCGGGUGACGGCCGAAGCCGGCAUUCAAGCUGUCUGGGGAACGGCUGAGGCCGGAAUCCAGGCGGUGAGAGGAACGGUGGAGGCCCAAACCCAAGCAGUCUGGGCAACGAGCGAGGCCGGGAUCCAGGCGGAGCGGGAAACUGCGGAGGUGGACAUCCAGGUGGACUGGAUCGAGGCCACCACCAUUGGAUUACAGCAGAGCACCCAGGCGCAUGUGGCCAGAGGACAGCUGGUCCUGUUCGAGCCUCCUACGGGGACUGUCCAGGGCAUGUGGCAGAUGAUGGCAUUCGAGUUCGCGGAGGUCUUCCGCCAGGGUGUCAUGUGGGUGGAGGUGAAGCUGAGGUGUGAGGAGUGGCGUGAGGGCUCCUACCUGAGGAGGUACUGGUACCUCACCAACACCUGUUACGAGCAGACAGCAGAGGGGAUCGUUGGUCCAUACGCCAAUGGGGACUUGGUCACCGUUGUUGAGCGAUACUGCGGAGGCAUCACGGGGUUGUACUCCCACAUGCAGACACAGAUGACCACUGUCAUGGAGAUUGGAGGACUCCUGCAUGCCCAGACAACAACCACGUGCAGGGGUCUGUCCAUGGACGCAGCUGGGAUGUGGACCCGCCUGGAGACUACCAACACCCUCCUGAUGCCGCUGGACCUGUUCAUGCCUCAGCCGGAACCUACUGGACUCCUGGAGAUCGACUGGUAUCCUGGUGAUGACGCUGACCCCGCUGACGGCGACGCUGACCCCGCUGACGACGACGCUGACCCCGCUGACGACGACGCUGACCCCGCUGACGACGACUCUGCCCCCACUGACGACUCUGCCCCUGCUGAUGACGACGACGCUGCUGACGACAACUCUGCCCCUGACGACGACGCUGCUGGUGACGACGACGCUGCUGGUGACGACUCUGCCCCUGAUGACGACGCUGCCGCUGACGACGACUCUGCCCCUGACGACGCUGCCGCUGCCGCUGGUGACGACUCUGCCCCCGUUGACGACGACUACGCUGCCACUGGUGACGACUCUGCCCCUGACGACGACGCUGCCGCUGGUGACGACUCUGCCGCUGGUGACGACUCUGCCCCUGACGACGACGCUGCUGCUGCUAACGACGACUCCGCCCCUGACGACGACGACUCCGCCCCUGUUGAUGACUCUACCGCUGGUCCUGAUGCUGUUGGUUGCUUUGGUGACCACUCUGCUGCUGCCCCUCUUGCUAGCCAGGUUCCAUCUGUGUUCUACCUCUUCCAGUCCACCGGUCUGGAGGACUUCCACCUGAGGCUUGGAGGACUGAGGGAAGCCUGCACUGUCUUGCUUGCGCAGCCAGAGACAGCCAACUACAUCGCCGUGACAGGGUCCAUGCUCCUGAAGAACAUGGCCGCCCUCAACGGAAAGGAUGCUGGUGCAACUCAGCAGGCAUUUGACGAGUUGGUGGCCUUCGCCCAGACACAGACUCCCACCGCCACCACUGAGCUCCUGGAGGUUGGGAUCCACCAGUUCAACCUCCUGGAUGUGGUCUUUGAGCUUCUCCUCCUCAGAGACUUGGGGACUGUUGUGCAGCUGGUCCCUCGGGUACAGGGCGGGUUCCUGGAUCAUCUGGCAGCAGUGGUCCAGUCCUUCCUGCCCUCUGAGGCUUGGUCACCCCAGGCAGCGCAGUGCUGGCAGCUCCUGCAGUCUACGGCAGUCUUCUUCGUGGUGGAGAUCCUGUCCCUGGACGUGUCGGCGUACCACCAGCCCCAGCACCUGGCCCAGAGGGUCUUCAGCUGCCUGGAGUGCCGCAUCGACCAGCUGCUGAGCGUGAUGCCAUCUGGCUAAAUCCCUUUCCCUCUCUUUAAUUUCUUUAUUUUCGGGGUGUUUAAUUUCAUGGGUUUAGGGGAAUAUAGGUUUCAAAAGAGGGUUUGGAUUUCCUGUAGUUUAAUGUGGAUUAAUUUUGUGAUCAGUAGGGUUUAGUUUUUAGUCCAGGGUUUAGUAGUGGCAUUUAGCUCUUUAGUGUAUCAUUUUUAGUGCUUACUACUGUGUGGGUUUAGCUUCUUAAUGGUUAGAAGUAUGGUUAGAAGCUAUUGGUUGCUUAUGGAAAGGUUAGUUUUCUCGAGAAGUGUUUUAUUUCUUUAAAGGAACAGUCCAGCAU